AUGGCUAGCAAUCGUAUGCGUCGCAUUGGAAAGGAAAUUGCGGACAUCCACGCCGAUGCCCACUCUCAAAUCAAGGCUGAGCCAUUUGGCAACCAGGACGAUGUCACUCACCUAAGGGGAUCAUUUCCAGGGCCACCCGGAACUCCUUAUGAAGGUGGCACCUACAAUAUCGAUAUCAAAAUCCCCACCGACUACCCUUUCCGACCACCUACCAUGAAGUUUGAGACUAAAGUGUGGCAUCCAAAUGUCAGCAGCCAAACGGGUGCAAUCUGUCUUGACACGCUUUCUACUGCUUGGUCGCCAGUUCUGACCAUCAAGUCUGCUCUGCUUUCGCUGCAAUCUUUGCUCAGCACACCGGAGCCCAAAGAUCCCCAAGAUGCUGAAGUGGCUAAUAUGCUUCUCAAGACACCUAAAGAGUUUGAGCGUGUUGCACGCGACUGGGCAGUGGUCUAUGCUGGAGCUCCCGUGCGUAGUGCUGAAAAUGGAAGCAGCCCAAGCCUAAAAGACUCCCGAGAAGCAGCUGAGGAAGCCAGUCUUGCAAAAUAUGAUGGAUACAACAAGAAUUUGAUCGACCGUUUCGGCAGCAUGGGCUUCGAUGUUGAGCGCGUUGUGGCUGCUUUCCGCUCUGCUGGUGUUGAACGCAGAGGAGGUCAGGACUAUGAAUUAGGAGAAGGUCGUAUGGGUGAUAUUGCUGCCCGGCUUCUCGCCAAGAGCACCAACGCCAUGAUUGAAGACGAUAUUUACAGGGCCUCAUCCCAGUAUCGAUUGUGGUCAUACACCGAGCCAUCUCUGCAAUCCCUCAGAGCCUCGACAAAUGCUGUUGCCAGCGAGCGUGUGCGUGCGGCUUUGCGCAGAUCGCGCGAAACACAUCAGUCGACCGCAUCCUCCGCGGCGGGGACACCACUACCGGAAAGCAAUAUGGAAAUGAACAAAAAUGAGAAUGAUGUGGAAUGCUUGACGCCAGAGGAGGAGCUCGUUCUCGUACGGUAUUACUGCGAGAAGACCCUUGAGCUAGGAGAGACAUAUAAGCCACCAAUUCCGACAAUGGUCCGGGCCACCGCGAUCCAAUACCUCCGUCGCUUCUACCUGACUAAUUCACCCAUGACAUACCAUCCAAAGUCUAUCAUGGCUUGUGCGCUCUUCGUCGCUACCAAAACGGAUAAUUACUAUAUCUCUCUUCGGCAAUUUGCAGAUGGAAUUCCCGGUGACACAACGACGGAGGACGUCAUCGCACCGGAAUUCCUACUCAUGCAGGGACUCCGUUUCACAUUUGAUGUACGGCAUCCAUUUCGGGGACUCGAAGGCGGCGUUAUGGAACUACAAGCCAUUGCGGAAGGCCGAGGCCAGCCAGCCCCCCAUCUACCACAUGAGACGGCGGAAGAUCUCCAACAAGGAUUGCUGUCCAUCGCACCUCCUCCCGUCCCAUCGUCAUCAAUGUCAGAUCGAAUUGCUCGGGCUCACGGCACAACUCGCGAGCUGCUGAAAUCCGCUGCGCAGAUGACAGACGCCUAUUUCUUGUAUACACCUUCCCAGAUCUGGUUUUCUGCCUUUUUACUGGCGGAUCGUCCGCUAGCCGAGUUUUUGCUAGAUGUCAAACUUGGUGGUCCUGUCACAGCCACAAUUCCUGCCCCGGAAACAGACGAAAAUGGCCUGGUGAACCCUCUAUACGAAAUCCGCUCCAAGCUGCAUCACGUAUUGACUCAAUGUUCUGCUCUUCUCCAAUCAUACACACCCCUCUCUUCGGACCCUGCGCAAAUGAAGAGCCUCAAGCGCAUCGCGAAGAAACUAUAUCAUUGCCAGAACCCCGAGAAGGUGAAUCUAGCUGCUGCUCGGAAACGGGAUUCAGCCCUGCCAUCGACAGCUGUUCAAAGCGACACUGGAGUGGCAACUUCUGAAAGCGAAACAGAACGCCUAGCGAAAAAGCGAAAAAUGGAGCAAGAACAAAUCAUCCGUCAGGAUGGUGAUGUUUUUGGCCCGGAGUUGGUCACUCAGCGGACUAAGCAGUAA